AUGGAUGGAAUUAGUAACUUGAGCCCCAGUAGGGAGCAAACUCAAAUAGCCUGCAACAAAGUGAUUGACACUUCUAUACGAGCGCUGUAUAAUAUAUGGGACAAGAUGGGCAUUGAUGAAAGCCAGAAGAAGGCCAGGGGUGACACUGCUGUAGCCCAUGUGAAAAACUUGAUGCAGUACAUGGUUAAUGAAGAGGAGGCGCUGAUGAAUCAAGUUGCAAAAACAAUUGAAGAUUUUACAGAAAAACUGGAGCAGCUGUGUAAUGAGCUGUCUUUACCACAAAACAAGGUUUCUGGAGGGCUGACAAUGGUACAAAAGGAGAAGCUUUUGAGAAGUAAGGUAGAAACCAUGGCCAAGGAAAAGAAAGACAGGCUGGCCAAGUACAGCACUCUCCACACCAGCGACCAGCACUUGUGUGAGGUUUUAUCCACCACUCCUUACUACAUACCCUCUGGAACAGUUCCCACUGUAGAACAGCUGCGAGAGCUGGAGAAACAUGUUGCUCACUUGCAGGCGGAAAAGGAUAAACGGUUUGCAGAAUUUGUAGCCACCAAGCAGAAAAUCAUAGAAUUGUACAACAAUUUGGAACUGGAUCCAGACACGUCAUUUGGCCGUGAGCUGAUGUGUGAAGAUGAUGAUCAUUUUGGGUUGUCUACCAAAAAUAUGGACAAUUUGAAACAUUUGUGUGAUGAGUUGGCAGAGAAAGACCGUGACAUGAAGCGUGAAACUAGUGACUUAUGGGAUACUUUGAGAGCAUUGUGGGACCGAUUAGAGACUCCUGACAUUGAUCGAGAAGGAUUUGAACUCAGCCUCAAAGGGCAUGGGUCAAAAGUCAUAUCUGCUUUGAGAGCUGAGAUCCAAGCUUGUGAGUUGUUGAAGUUUCAGAACCUGCACAGGUUUAUAGACUGUAUCCGCCAUGAGCUGAUUUCCUGGUGGGAUAAAUGUUACUUCAGCAAAGAACAGAGAGCCAGGUUUACAGCCUACAAUGGAGAUGACUACACAGAGGAGCUGCUAGUUGCCCAUGAACUGGAGCUAAAGAAUGUGAAACAAUAUUACAACACACACAGAGACCUGUUGGAGAAGAUAGCACGCAGACAGGAGUACUUUGCCAACAUGAUAGUGUUUGAGGACAAGGCAAGUGAUCCAAACAGGUUUUUCAAUGACAGAGGUGGCAAGUUGCUGCAGGAGGAAAAGGCUCGCAAGAAACUUAUGAAAGAUUUACCAAAGAUAGAAGAGGAGGUAGCUGAAGCAAUUCAGAAAUGGGAACUUGAAAACCAAAAAGAGUUUUUAGUAGAUGGAAUGAAGUUUCAGGAAUUUUUGAAAAAUCAAUGGGAGAAUUUUCAGCUGCAGAAGGAGCAGCAGAAACAGUCACGCCUGAAAGCACGUGCCAAGCAGACGCAGGAUGAAAUGUUGUAUGGGAGUAAGACCAUCUCACAGACUCCAAGUAAACGAAGGCUACCUCUCACAGUCACACCAAUUAAAACACCGUUAAAAACUAAUAAUAAGAUGAACGACAUGACAAAGACACCUAACACAACUAGUAAGUUACCUAACCUGAGCCGAUUCCAACACAGUACAAUGUUGACCUCUCCAUAUACCAGGCAACCACUUUUCACAUCGAAGACACCACAUAACACCUCGGUAAAGAAAAGGAGGUCAGUGCGGUUGAUGAAAAAGGCCGCCACAGAGCGCAAGUUAAGCAGCAGCCAGCACAGGUCCCGAGAUUUGUUCUCCCACACGACGGUAAGCAGUGAUGAACACAGCUCUACCCUGGCUUCCCAUGGAUCCUACAACGACUUUGCUACUGGCCUGAGAGAGCCAAACUGUCGCAGUAGUGUUGUCCCUUCUGCACUUUUUGCCAACAAACGCUGA